GGCAAAAGCUAGCGCCCGUCCGCCGGCGUCUAGUACUGCCCUUCAGGAUAUCCUCAACCUACCCAAACUCGCCCGCAAACCAAACACCACCGUACUGUCCUGCUCGCGAGCGCAACGGCUCGGUCCAGGGCACGCGAUGCGGCCGACCUUGGAAUCCGCUCCUCCGUGCUUCGCGGAGCGCCGCCGAAUGAUCUCCUCCUCACCACAGGGACGUUCGCUGCGCUACAAGUACGGGGCGCCGUGGCCGCGGCCGCGGGUGUCCCCUCUUCUCCUCUCCGCCCUCCGGUCUCCUCCCUGUCUUCCCUUGUUCUUCUGCCCCGACAUUUGCUUCGCGAGGUACAGCAGGCGAGACAGCGAGCAAACCGAUAUUGGCAGAGAGUGGGCCAGCGGACUGAUAAAGAACGAUCCGUUCCAAUCCACUGGAUGCAGGCUACCUCCAAGCAUCGCUGGUCUAUACAGGAUGAGUUUGUCCAAGGAUGCUAAGAUCCAUCAUCCAUGAGCCAUGAGCCAUGAAAUGAACCAACUAAUUUACCCAACUCAACGGAGAAAUACCUCCAAACGCUUAGGAGGUUCUAAAAAAUAGUAACUGAGCACAGAUGUCACUAGAAGUUGAGAACCCACCGAGCAUCGAGACGACCAAACGGCUUGAGCGCCAAGACUCACUUAUUGGUGAUGCGGAGAAGGUCUCGAAUAUCAAAGGCCAUGGUUCCGAGGGAAACUGGACACAAGUACUACAUCUUGCAUUUCAGAGCAUCGGCAUCAUUUAUGGGGAUGUUGGGACGUCACCGCUCUAUUGUUACUCGAGCACCUUCCCUAACGGUGUCAAGGACAAGGAUGAUAUCUUGGGUGUCCUCUCGCUCAUCCUAUACACCCUCAUCCUUAUACCGAUGAUAAAGUAUGUCUUCAUCGUGCUCUAUGCAGAUGACAACGGAGAUGGUGGCACAUUUGCGCUCUACUCACUUAUAUCGCGGUAUUCGAAGAUAAGGCUGAUCCCAAACCAGCAGGCAGAGGAUUCAAUGGUGUCGAAUUAUAGCAUAGAAUCACCGAGCUUAACACUGAAGAGGGCACAAUGGUUGAAGGAGAAGCUUGAGUCCAGUAAAGCAGCCAAGAUUGCCCUCUUCACCAUCACAAUCCUUGGCACAUCCAUGGUGAUGGGUGAUGGGACCUUGACACCAGCAAUUUCUGUGCUCUCUGCAGUGAGCGGGAUCAAAGAGAAAGUGCCAAGUUUAACUGAAACACAGAUAGUCUGGAUCUCGGUGCCUAUUCUGCUCAUGCUCUUUUCAGUCCAGCGUUUUGGGACAGAUAAGGUCGGGUACUCCUUUGCUCCGAUCAUCUCGGUGUGGUUCGUUCUUAUUGCUGGCAUUGGAAUGUACAACAUCGUAGUGUAUGAGAUCGCUAUUCUUCGAGCCUUCAAUCCUAUGCACAUACUAUAUUACUUCAGCAGAAAUGGGAAGGAAGCGUGGAUUUCACUAGGAGGUGCUAUCUUGUGUGUUACAGGCACAGAGGGUAUGUAUGCUGACCUAGGACAUUUCAAUAUCACGGCCAUUCAGAUAAGCUUUAAUGGUGUCUUGUUCCCUUCGGUAGCACUAUGUUACAUGGGGCAAGCAGCAUAUCUGAGGAAAUUCCCGGAGGAUGUUGCAGACACCUUCUACAGAUCUCUCCCAGCACCAUUGUUCUGGCCAACCUUCACCGUUGCCAUUCUUUCGGCUAUCAUUGCAAGCCAAGCUAUGCUCUCUGGCGCAUUCGCUAUCCUGUCCAAGGCCCUAUCUCUUGGUUGCUUCCCCAGGGUUCGGGUUAUCCAUACCUCCAAGCAUCACCAGGGGCAGGUGUACAUUCCUGAAGUGAAUUUUCUGAUGGGACUGGCUAGUGUUAUUAUCACUAUCACCUUCAGAACUACCACCGAAAUCGGGAAUGCUUAUGGGAUCUGUGUCGUAACCGUCUUCUCAAUCACCACCCAUUUGAUGACCAUCGUGAUGUUGCUCGUGUGGAAGAAAAACAUCAUCUUCAUCUUGUUGUUUUACGUUGUGUUUAGUUCCAUAGAGUGGAUCUACCUGUCUUCAAUACUGUCGAAGUUCAUCCAGGGCGGGUACCUGCCAUUCUGCUUCUCGCUUGUCCUGAUGGCCUUAAUGGUAACAUGGCACUAUGUGCAUGUCAUGAAGUACUGGUACGAGCUUGACCACAUCGUCCCCAUUGAUGAGGUGACGGCACUGCUUGAGAAGCAUAAUGUGCAGCGGAUCCCUGGGGUGGGCCUCUUGUACUCGGAGCUGGUGCAAGGUAUUCCGCCGGUGUUCCUCCGGUUGGUGCAGAAAAUUCCGUCUGUGCACUCUAUCUUUUUGUUCAUGUCGAUCAAGCACCUACCCAUCCCUCAUGUGGCACCUGUGGAGCGGUUCGUCUUCCGGCAGGUUGGUCCAAGGGAGCAUCGGAUGUUCAGGUGUGUUGCACGGUAUGGUUACACUGACGAAGUAGAGGACUCGGGACACUUUGCCAGAUUCCUAGCAGAGAGAUUGAAGAUGUUCAUCGAAGAUGAGAAUGCAUUUGAAGUGGAGAAACCGGGGAAUGAGGAUGCCAACUCUCCAACUGGAGUUUUGGAAGGUCAGACAAUGCCUAGGAAGUCCGCACGAUCUGUCAUACACAGCGAGGAGGUGAUAGAGCCGCCAAUGAGCAACCAUGUAGGGAGGAUUAGUUCCUAUUCUCUUCAGACGAUUGAGGAGGAGAAGCAACUGAUUGACGCAGAGAUGAAGCGAGGGGUGGUUUAUCUGAUGGGGUCAGCGAAUGUGAUUGCAGGACCUGAGUCGCCCGCCUUAAAGGUGGUCGUGGUAGACUAUGUGUAUUCAUUCGUGAGGAGGAACUUGGCAGAGGGUCACAAGGUGUUGUCCAUUCCUAAAGAUCAGCUGCUCAAAGUUGGGAUCACAUAUGAGAUAUAGAGACGUUAACAAAAGUAUGAGGUGAUCAGACUAACCUAACCUCUUCUGUAUUAUGUUGAUCUUAAAGGGUAUAGUGUCGAUGCCCAUUUGACCGAAUAGCAUUUGGGCUUAGAGUUUUGGCAGGAAGAUUAUUUUAGUUUUGUACGCAAAGAGGUGUUGUCAGAAUACGUGUCAUACAUUAAGUAGAAUGGAAAUAGGAGUCCGACUAGUGUGUUUAUUCA